AUGGACUUAUCUGGAGAUUAUUCGGACCUCUUUAACGAUGAAUCCCUGUUUAAAGUAAUAGAUGAGCUGGAUCAUUUAUUCCCCAAUGACGGGAAAAAGUCUAAAUCUUCAGAUUCCGUCCUUCCACCUAAGGAAUGUAACCUUAAAGACCAAAGCUAUAGCAUUAAUUCAACUAGAUAUGACACAGAAACAUCUUCAGUGUCCCUAAGUGAUGAACAUUUCAUUAAGGGUUCAAGCCUUUGGAGAUCAUACCAAUCCAAACUUGAUCUACACAUUUCUACCGUUUUAGAUCCAUUUAUCAAAUAUAUUCUUGAAACAUCUAUUACUGAAGGGCAAAAGGAUGUUUAUUUCACCAAAAAGAAAGAAUAUCUUACAUUUCUAAUUAACCAGCUUGUGGUAUCAUACAAAUGUGAAUGGAAACAAAUAAUAACAGGGGAAAGGAAGGCCGGAACUGAAGGAAUCAAUGCUGAGGUUGAACCUGAUAAAGGAGACUUAUACCAACAGAUUUCAAAUGAAUAUGAUAAUCUCUCUAGAGGAAUUACAAGCUCCAGCUCAAUAGAAACUGUAGUGGAUAAUAAUAUAGGGAAUGAGGAUGUAAUAGGUGAAGUAUACAUUGAGUUAGGACACAGGCCUGAAUAUAUAGAACUGCUGUAUAUUAAAGGAAUGGAUUAUUUUUACCAUUUCAUGGACUUUCUACUAAUGUUAAUUGAGAAAACUAGUUAUAAUUAUAAAAUUGUUCAAGCACUUGAUUUGCUAACAAAUGUUAUUAAAGUCAUGCCGGAACUAUCUAUAUUGCUGGUAGUUCCAAAAAACAAAGGUACUCAAAAAUAUUUACAUAUAUAUUGUGUAGACUCAAAGAUUUUGUAUGAGAAAAGAUGUUAUUUUAAGCUAUUAGUGAAGAAUGUAGAGGUGAAAUUGGGGUUAAACAACUCGGUUUUGGAUACGUACAAGCAGUGCCUGGAAGGAACUUUUGUACCAUUCUACAUGACUAAGAGUAGCGAACAUGAUGAUUUAAUGGAACAAUUGUUGGUUGUAUAUGUAUUGGAACGCUUAUUGAGUUUAUUUCAGUUGUUGUGUGAGAAUUUGUUUGAGUUCGUUCAGUUGAAGCUGGAUAAGGCCAUGAGGACGUCAAUAAGUAAGAAAAUGAAGAAGUAUUUGUUUAUACCAUUUUUAGGAAUAAAAACCUUGCAUGAGUUAUUUUUACCUUUUUCAGGCAAUUUUGAGUAUAAAAAUUUAGUUAAAGUUGAUUAUACAAGUUUGUUUAAAAAGUACAUGUAUCCCCCUCCACCGCUGUAUUUGUUGAGAUUAAAGCUCUUAAAUAUACUAAAGUUGUUGGUUUAUUCAGGUUUUGUGAAGUAUAAAGGUAACUUUCUUACGGCGAACAGAACGAUAAUUCAAUCUGAGCCUAUAUCAGGAAUGAACCAGAAAGUGGAUAAAGUGCUGGUAAGUUACUUCCACAUGUUCAGUUUCGGAACAAGUUUCCUGUUAAUGGGAGAGUUUUUUAAAAGAAGCAAAGAAAAUAUUGCGAUCUUCUUCGGAAAUUAUCUGUUAUUGAUGCCACAUUUCAGCCUUAACUAUGCAUACAUUAAUGAAAAUAUGGUGAUUGAGUAUAAUGUGUACCGGUUACAGAGAGCAGUUAUUGAUUUUCUAUUAGCUUUAAACGAGUCUAGGGUUUUUUUGGACGAAAAUAUAAUGAACGUAAAAUCACUAAAUUUGACACAAAACAGUGUUGUUAAACGCAUAUUAUCUCUGUUGAUACAAUAUGUAACUGGGACUACAUUGUCUGAAAUACAAGACGCCGAAAAUGAUUUUAAUAUUGACAACGAAUUUAAUAUUAGGAAUCGUCCAGUAAUUAACUGUAAUCAUGAUUGUAAGAUUAUUGAACCAUAUAAUCCUAGUACUAUUAGCAAAUUCCUGCUUGAUAUUAGCUGUAAUUUAGUGGAUAGACCUGAUGAUAAUGAGGAAGAAAUUGUGGGUCUGGAUAUGGUUGAGCAGGUGGUUGACGUGUGUAUUUAUGAAGAAUAUGACAAAGCUUUAAAGUUGGGAUUGGACUUGUCUAAGCUUUAUGUACCAAUUGAAAAUCGCACUGUUGUAAAAUAUGCAAUAAAUAAUACUCCUCAAAUUAAAUUGAUGAAACAUUUUACAAGUCCCAACGUUUUAUCCGAUUAUGAACUGGAAUUAUUACACCAACAUAAAAAAGAUAGAAAACCAAGUUCAAGAAACAAGGAAAAAUUAAUGAGAUUAGAUACUAUGUAUACUACUACACGAAGAUUAUCACAUGAUUCAACUGUUACAGUAGAUGAUGGUACAACUAACAUAUUCAAUAAUUUGGAGGGUUGUGGUAUAAACUGUAUAAUAAACAAGCAUAUUAUAGAAGAACCAAGGUUUAAAACUGUGUUCACUUUGCGUAAGAUCUUGGUUAUGAAGUUGUUUGAAACAAUAUGCUCAUUUCCAAGUAAACAUUUAGGGGAUUUCGAACCUAUUUAUAUUUCAUUUUUAAAACAAAUUUUCUUUUAG